GCCAGUUUUUUUUUUUUUUUUUUUCUAAUAAGAUGACCAAAUGGUUAAUUGUUUGCUUUGGUCACUCAAGUGUAGGAUCCUACCUUAUAUAAAAGUCUAGCUAGAGUCUCUGUUCGGUGACAUCCUUACCUUUCUAAUCAGAGAGUCGGAUUAGAGUUUGCACUAGAUUUGUAAAAUGAUGACCGUAUCUUUGAUCUGGGGGAUUGUGGUAGCAGUGUGCUGUUGUUUGUGGCUUAUUCUUGGAAUGAGGAGAAGACAGAUGGGUGAACCACCUCUGGAGAAUGGGUUGAUUCCGUACCUGGGAUGUGCUCUGCAAUUUGGGGCGAAUCCUCUUGAGUUCCUGAGAGCAAUUCAAAAGAAACAUGGUCCUGUUUUCACCUGCAGAUUGAUGGGAAACUAUGUCCACUUUCUCACGAAUCCCUUGUCAUACCAGAAAGUGUUGUGCCAUGGGAAAUACUUGGAUUGGAAAAAGUUCCACUUCACUACUUCUGCAAAGGUAUUUGGGCACAGAAGCAUUGACCCAAGUGACGGAAAUACCACUGAAAACAUAAACAAAACUUUCAUCAAAACCCUGCAGGGCGAUGCCUUGAAUUCCCUCACAGAAGCCAUGAUGGAGAACCUCCAACUUGUCAUGAGACGUCCACUGGUAGCUAAAUCAAACACGCCUGCCUGGGUGACAGAAGGGAUGUAUUCCUUCUGCUACCGAGUGAUGUUUGAAGCUGGGUAUUUAACCCUCUUUGGCAAAGAUCUUACAGGGCAAGAUGCACAAAAAGCACUUAUUCUAAAUAACCUUGACCACUUCAAGCAGUUUGACAAAAUCUUUCCGGCUCUGGUAGCAGGCCUCCCCAUUCACGUGUUCAAGACCGCGCACCAUGCUCGAGAAAAACUGGCAGAGGGCUUGCGACACGAGAACCUCGGAAAGAGAGACCACAUCUCAGAACUGGUCAGGUUUCUGAAUGAUAUGCUUUACACCUUAGAUGACAUGGAGAAGGCCAAGACACACCUCGCUGUCCUCUGGGCAUCACAAGCAAACACCAUUCCGGCGACUUUCUGGAGCUUAUUUCAAAUGAUUAGGAGCCCUGAAGCACUGAAAGCAGCCACUGAAGAAGUGAAAAAGACCCUAGAGAAUGCUGGCCAAAAAAUCAGCUUUGAAGGCAGUCCUAUUUGUCUGAAUCAAAGGCAACUGAAUGAGACACCAGUGCUAGAUAGUAUCAUCAAGGAGUCUCUGAGGCUUUCCAGUGCCUCCCUGAACAUCCGGACGGCUAAAGAGGAUUUCACUUUGCACCUCCAGGACGGUUCCUAUAACAUCCGCAAAGAUGACAUCAUAGCUCUUUAUCCGCAGUUGAUGCAUUUAGAUCCAGAAAUCUACCCAGACCCUUUGACUUUUAAAUACGAUCGAUAUCUUGAUGAAAAUGGGAAGACGAAGACCACCUUCUACAGCAAGGGAAUCAAGUUGAAGUAUUACUACAUGCCCUUUGGGUCAGGAGCGACCAUAUGUCCGGGGAGACUAUUUGCUGUGCAGGAAAUCAAACAGUUUUUGAUUCUGAUGCUUUCCUAUUUUGAACUAGAGCUUGUGGACAGUCACGUUAAAUGUCCCCCUCUGGAUCAGUCCCGCGCAGGCUUGGGCGUUUUGCCACCACUAAAUGAUAUCGAGUUUAAGUAUAAAUUCAAACAUUUGUGAACAUACGGUUGGCAAAAGAGGACGAGAAAUCACGUGACUGGCCUGCAUCACACCAUCACGUAUCAGUCCCUCUGGACAGUCACAUUUGGCCGUGGUGGCACUGAUUCACAGGUCAACGUGCUUGUAAAUCUUAACAUUUUGGUGACAGUUCCCAGAUGCUAUCUCAGACUGUGCUAGUGAAAAAAACUAGCUUCUAGAAGCACAAUACUUUGUUUUCAUUUGAAUAAGUCAGUGAAUGUUCAUACAGCCAGGGACUGAAGUUCAUUAUUUUCAAAAAAAAAAAAAAAGUCUUUCCUCUCCCCCACCCCCA